AUGGGAGACCAUGUAAGCUCACAGCAGUUUAAAGCCCUUGUCUACACGUCGAUCAGGCAGCGGAUAACUCCAUUGGCCUUCUUUCAACAAUAUAACGAGGCUUUGUCGGUGACCGGACCUCAGCUUGAUGUCCUCAAGUUCUCAGAGUUGUUGAUUGAAGUAGCGUGCUCAGAUCAGGAGGCGCAUUCACUCAUCUUUCAGUACGUGGACGUUCUGAUCAGUAACGGAGCAUUCUCUGUGAUUGGCUUUGUGCAACUGAUAACAAAGUUCAGCAAUGUCAACUCGAGUGGAGUUACUACCUCUUUCAUCAAGAAGGUGUUGCAGUACCUGAAGAUAAUAAGGUAAGUAGUUAGACUGUUUAUUGUUAUGUUAAAGGUGUGACUUUGAGGAUGAGAAAGACCGUCUAGAACUCUGCUUCAUCUACGUUACCGUGGUCAAAUGGCUGGUAGAGUUGGCUUGUCGUUCUGUUCAGAUCAAAUCCAAGGAGCAUUAUAUUGUGAUCGAAAGUUGUGUGGAAGCAUUAAAGUUCUUGUCGGACGACGUCUUUGCUCGUACUAUCAUGUACUUUGUGUGCAAGGAUGAUAACGGUAUGAUGCUACAAAGUUAGGAACUUGAGGUUAUAUUGUAAUAGAUUUUGUUGAGUUUAUCUUAGGUUAUAUUUCAGAGGCACUAAACGAAAUGCUGGAAAGUAUGACUGUCGUGGAAGACAUGUUCAACGAGUACGAUAACUAUGAUGGCUUUUUUGACAACCGCACUCAGGACAUGUUUGAUCGGCUAGAAAACUUGGUUAAAGAGUAAGUAUUACUUUUCAAGCUUUGUUAGCUUACUUUUAUGUUAUAUAUAACUCAUUAACGUUUUAGUUUUGCGACCAAACCGGAGUUUGCUACCAACUUUUUGUCUACAUAUCGAUUUGGUACUAAUAAGGUUUGUGACAUAUGUUUAUGUUUUUUAGUGUUUACUAUGUUUACAAACUGCAGUUAAUUAUAAAAUUAUUCUUACAGCCAGAGCCCGUGAUUUUAUCUAUGUGUUCCUUCUACGCCACUUUCCGACAGCUGGACACAGCCGCUGAUCUAUGGCGAUCGUUCUCUAAUAUGGGCCAGAUCCUUGGUUACAGUGUGACAGAAGUGAUCAGACAGUUACUUCGAGGAGCAUUUGUGGCACAGCUAGACGCUUAUCGAAAUGAGACAAGAACGGCCGUAGCCGAUGUGUUUGUGUUGGAACGGGUUCCAGAAGUGUUGUUGAUAAUCAGGAAGGAACAGGUGGUAGAUGUAGAUAAAUUGAUGGAUUGUCUCGCAGAGUUGGCUUUGAACAGAACGGUUUUUAAUGGCCUCGACUUCUACAGGAGUGAAAACACUUUGUUCAACUUCUUGGAGGCUUUACAGGUCAGGAAAGUAAUUGACGCUGAACAGGCAGAGGGCAUCCAAAUGCAAAGGUAAGACAUUAAUAUGCUAAUAUCAACAAUAAUAAUAAAAUUACUCAGCUAAUUGUUGAUAAUGCUUUUUGUUUAAAUUUAAAUUGAAUUUCCUAUUUUCAGGGACGGUAGUCCACCGCAAGGAGACUUGUUCCCCAACUUCUGUAGUUUGUCUAUGGACACUACACAACCCAGCUCGAAAUAUGUCUACUUCCAAUGUGCUGUGACAUACGCCAAUCGUUUCAAACCCUUAUACUUUGCUGAAGAUGAUCAGAAGUUCAGAGCAGUUUUGUCAGAGUUCUUUGCUGAGGUUUCACUGGAUCUCCUUGACUUCUUUAUCUCCGUUUUGUGUAGCCGAUCUGACAUUUACACGUUUUUGACGGUUUUGGCAGAGUAAGUUUACAUUCAUAUAUUCGUAAUUUUUACCAGGAGCGGGGGGAGGGGGGUGGAGACCCAAGAUUUUUCAAAAAAAAAUUUCCGAUUUUUCGCGUACAGUCUUUGCUACCUGUGGAAUUUUUUUCGGAUCGGUUCCUCUGAUUGUUACCUAAUUUGUUUCCAAACACAGAACAAAUUAAAAGUAUUUAUUUAAAGUUAAUCUUAUCUUAUUUCAGUAUUCACAAAGAAAGCGAAACAAAAUGUGGCGUAGACCCUGAAUCCCUGCAUCUGUUUGACCUGACCUUCUUGUUGAUCUCACGAACCAACUGUUUGGCGAUGGAAAUGGAGAUGGAAGACCUUUGUGGAGGAAUUGAUCACUCCGUCGUCUUCAGGUUUAUUCAGAAUUACAGAGAAUCUCUGAACACCGACCAUCCUUGUCAGGUCUCGAACAACAUCUUACAGAUGGCAGCUUCUUACAACAUCUUCGAAGGAUCGUCGUUAACACAUAUGACCAGUGAUAUCGACCAACUAGUUCAACUAGUCUCAGGGAUUGGUGCUCUCAUCUUGCAGGAGUUUUCAAAGCUUAAAGACAGCGAGAAGUCUAUAGUCUGCGAGAAGCUGUUGGAGUCUUUUGGAGAUAUCAGCUCGUUGUUAUCCGUUCUCACACAGUAUCUUCAUGUCGCCAAGUCUUACUGUAAAUAUGAUUUUGCAUUUUUUCUGAGAGACGCGGUCAAAAAACAUUUGAAGAAGUUACAUUCUACAAAGGAUGCAAAAGUUCAACGGAGGUAAGGUUGUUUUUGUUAAUAAUAUGUAAAUAUGCUUCGGAACGAUCUACAUUGUAACAAUUUAGGUGGCGAUUAGCGGAAGAACAAACCUCUGAGCUCCUGAAGUUGAUCGCCGACGGCCCUCCACCACACGAACCCAUAUAUCCAGUCCUCAUGAAUUGUGCCAUCGGAGAAAUAAGGCCGCUACGGGUCAAUGAGGUAACUUCUUUUGACAAUCAAUUCUCGGCGUUAUUAAAUUCUGUUUUUUCUCUAAACUAUGUUUUCAGACUCCCGACAUGAACAUGUUGAAGUACGCCUUCUUCAUUGCUUCCCAGAAGAACUAUGCCUGUCAGAACGUGCUGAGCUAUGUAGUGGACCUGAAUCGCAAGAGAAUGUACGAGAACUGGAUCAAAUGCUGGCUUCAACAAGUUUGCAAACACGAAUCCGUCGAUGAAUUCGAAGCCGCGGCUGAACUAAGCAUUGGAGCGGCGUUGUCACUGCCUUCUGAAUGCUUCCUCCGAUUGGCAGAGCUACUGAUCGAAGACAAACACUUGUUGUCCGGCUACAACCAUAUCUGGGCGUUAGCGAGGCUACUGGUCAGAAUCUUGUUUGUUCUUUGCUGGACGAAGAAACAGAACACAGAAGUCGUCUCCAGAUUCGCCGAGCGCAGAAGGAUGAGGCGGAAACGGAAAACUGCUCAAGGUGGCUACAGAAGGAUCCCAUCGUCUCCAGAACCACAUACUUACAGUAAUGAGAUCGAUGCCACGGUCAAAAGAAUCAUCGAGAAGUUUGAAAUCUCUUUGAUGCAGACGACCCUCGACCACAAGAAGACUUUGGCCAGCUUUUUUGUCAAGGAACUGACGUCUUGCACGCCCAACCCCUUCCAGAAGCAGAUUUUGCAGCUGAUCCCCCAACAAAUGGCAAGUUUAAUUUUAAGAAUCAGGUCAAAUUUUUUACUUUAAGAAUUGAAACAGCUAAACUUAUACAAAUUCGUUUUCAGUUCGUGAACACAAUCCACCGAGCAUUCACGGACAUUGACAUCGCCGCCUUCUUGAAUGCCUUCGGGAUGGAGGACGAGAACAGUCGCAAACUCUGCCUACACAUCGCCUGCCUUCUCCGAGGACUGGGCAAGAUAUAA